UCUUCCUCCAGCCCACGCACCCAAGCCUCCUGCCCUUGACGAAGAAGAGCAGAAGAAGCCUUGAUGUGUUCCGGUUUUCAGCGCACAGCGACCCAUCACUCAGCGCCCAACUGCGUUUUCCGAGCGUCUCCGUUUCUCCAUGCGCGCGCCGCGGCUCAGAUGGGAGACGUAAGUGAAGCUUCUGACUGGCACGGGAACGCACGCGGCGGGUCUCUCUGGCGGGCCAUCCCGAGCACGGGAUGCUGAACGGGAGCCGUGAGGGUUUGUUUGAACUGGGCAGGCAGCUCCAGCAGGACGGAGACUCCCAAGCCGCACUGCACUGCUUUCUGAGCUGCCUGCUUGGACUCACACAUGUGCAGAGCUUCCACUCGCUUCCCAACUGCCUGCAUCAGAUUGCUGAACUCUACAUUGAUGAGAAGAACUAUGGGAAAGCUCUGCAGUUCAUUCAGGCGGAGAAGAUGUUCUAUGAAGUGGCAUUGAUCGAGCUCACGUCGCUGCAGGCCAGCACAGGGUCUCAGGAAGACGGGACAUUGGGGUCGUCAGGAUGUCUGUCUCAAGAGGAGCUAUCAGAACAGGCUUCACAGGCCCAGGAUCUUGAGAGACUGGCGCAGCUCUGCAUCAUGAGCAAAAGACCCCAUCUUGCUUUGGAAUACAGUGGCAAGGCCACUAAAAUCCACCAGCGAGCGUUUGGUAACGAUCAUCCCAUCACAGCGCGGAGUCUGGAGCUGCUGGCGACCGUCUAUGCUGAGAUUGGCAAGACAGAAUAUACAAAUUCAUUGGGAGAGUGUGUGUCCACCCUUUCCAAGAGGUUCUCGGCCACCGAGUCUUUCAGCGAUGCUUUGAGCAGCAUCUCUCAUAGCCAUAAAGACAGACACCCUGAGCUACGACACAGAAAAGAGCCAUACACACUACAAGACACUCUUAAAACUAAGGUCAUACAUGAAAAACUGCCCACCUCUAUCCUGAAAAGGUCAAAUGUGAGCAAUGUGGAGUCAGACCCGUCGCGCAAGAGAAAAACCGAGAGACGGGUUCGCUUCAGAGAGCCGGAGAUCACUGUUCACGACAUUCCGUAUUAUGACUGUUUAGGAGUAUACGACACCCCUCAGAGCCGUUUGCACCUGGCCCUGCUGACCUGCCUGUUCCUUCUGCUGUCAGCGUUGGGUCUGGCAUUAUACUGUACGGACCGCCGGAGACCCCAGCGAGCCUGCGAAGAGCUGCAGACGGCACUGGCUGUGUACCUGCUUCAGUUCAAACAAAUCGUUUGGGCCUGCUGGAUCUGGCUGACCAUGCAAUGACCAUAACUGACCAGCAUCGAGCAAUGAAAAGAAAAAAAAAAGGUUGGCAUGAUUUUUGAAAGACUGCAGAGAAAAUUAGCGUUUUUAUUGCUUUAUUUUCACUGUUCUAAUUAGACUGGUCACCAGUUAAAAUCUCUUGAGAGUGUUCAACAUCCACCUCGAUUUGAAGGCCAUGUGCUUUUCCACACCAUUGAGUGAUGGUAUGUUUUUUGCCCUUUAUGGUGGCACAGUUAAUGCCACAUCCUCAUCAUACAGAGUCGUAUAUAUAUAAUCAGGUCUCUGUAGCCCUUUGUCCUUGUAUAGUGGUUCUGGACGAUACAUUUUAAAGCAUCGGUUGGUCCAAAGAAUUUGUGCAGCAAUAGUAAUUAAAACCUUCAUCACUUGGAAUUCUACUGUACUGUUAAUGAAGAACAUGUAUGAAUGAAUUCUGUAUGUCAGUCUUAGAGCCCGACUGAUUCAUUGACAUGUCAUUGAUUUAUUAUCAGUCAAUCUAGGCAUGCGAUAUAUACUCGUAUUGGUCUUUAAUGUGCAAUAUGUUAAAAUAAAAAGCAACAUGUAGCUAUGUUACAUGUUCACCGAAACAAUUAAGCUAGAUCUGACACACCGCAUGUGCUUAGAGAAUGAGUAAACGCAUGGCUGGACCAUUUCCUGCUAGUGAUGUUCUUUGCUAAUAAUAUUUUGUAUCAAAAUUUAGUCAAGUUCUGAAGCACUAUUUUGUGAUAGGAUAUGAAUAAAUAACAAUAUAAGGGCUUAUUGAUUUAAAGAGUACAUUUGAAAAGAAAGAAAGUCAGAAAGAUUUGGAACCAUUUGAGGGUUAGUAUAUAGUUAGUCUUUUUUUUAUAUUUGGGUGAAGUGUCCCUUUAAGAACCUGUAGCAAUUCGUUUACUGAAUUGCAUAAUUAAAGACAGGAUUGGUUUGGGAAUCUGUUCAUGCUCUAAUAUCAUUUUCUACAAUGGAUUUUCACAUCUUAGGUUGUGUUCACACUUGUCAGGUUUGGUCUGAAUAAAACAGCUCUGGUCUAACUGCUGUUCAAUUGAAUAAGUUGAAUGCUAAGAUUCCCAAUCAUCUAAACAAUCCAAAAACAGGACAUGUCACAAGAUGUGAUCAUAAAAAAGACAGGUGUCUCACACGUACUGAUUUUCUCUGAUCAUCGCACCUCUCCUUGCAGCAAAUAUUUGUCUUUGAUCGAUGGAAUAUUUUCUUGGGCUAUUUUGACUCCUUUGUGACACUCUGCUGUCCAUUUUGUAUGCAUCAGACACCUUCUUAUAAACAUCCGAGCAGACCCACAACAUCAUAAGCCAUUAAUAUUAGGUUGGAUUUAUGUCACCUGCGUCUAAGGACAAUGUUAUUUUGGUAUAAAUAACGGAUAUAUGAUAUUUGAUUGAUUUUAGGUUGUGUUAGAAAAAAGUGGACAAAAUUCAACGUCGAAUCAACGUCAUAUUGACGUCAAAUACUGACAUUUAUUCAUCAGGUAUGACAACUAGUGGUGGGAAAAGCAAACGUGUCGAAGCUUAAAAACGUUUCGAAACCUGUCUCUACAGUGACGCCUAGUGACCAUUUUUUGUAUAUUGCUCUGGAACAGCUUCAUCAAAGAAACAGUUAAGCAACCCCAUGUUGUAGAGUCAAGGCUUCAAGUGAUUUAGUGAAGUGGUGAGAGUUCUAAACUAGCAUGCAGAGAGAAUGGGUUCAAAUCCAGGGUGAUGCAGCUAUAAAUGUUGUUUUUUAAAUGCUCUGUCUUGUGAAGUGUUUUCUUUUAACAUUGGUCUGAUGUCCAAAUGAGCAUUUUUGAACAAAUAUGUCUUGUUUUGCUCAUAAAAAAGUAACAGUAAUAAAAUACAUCAAGCCAUAAAUUCAAAGUAUUUGUACAAGUCGGAAUUCGAAGUUACUCUUUUUACACGCACAGUCCACUAGGCUACAGGAGCUAAAGAUUUUUUUUCCGACCCUGCCAGUUGAACCCAGAUUCGCCAGGUCUCGAAACACUUCUGAAAUGCCUGAUGCUUUGAAUCGCUGUAGUCACAUGACCUUGUGUUUUGAAACACUUUUGUCGCGUGACCUGGGUGGUUCGAAUCACCUACUGUAAGUCACAUAAACUGGCUGUUUCGCAUCAUGCUUCGGUGUAAUGUUUCUAAACACUUGCGCUUUGGGAUCUUACACUGUGUCGAAACGUCAGUUCCACGCUAGCCAAUUCUAAUGGCAACCACAAUCCAACGUCCGAUAGACGUCAUAUCGGUAUUAUUCACACAACGUCAAGCUGUAACAUCAUUAGACAUUAGUAUUUUGUUGUUUUUAGGUUGUGUUGGAAAGUAGCCAAAAUGCAACGCCUGUUCAGUGUUGAACUCGAUUUUCUUUUCCAAAAAAAAUGAAACAUCCCACAACAUCAAUUUGACAUCAUGUUGAUGUCCUGUGCCUUCUGGCACCCAAUACUACUUGUAAAGAUUGUGCGGUUUUUAAGUGUGCUUACUGACGUUAGUUAGAAAAUCUGGAAGGGUUUCAGAAAUGUCAAUUUGAAUGCAAAGCAAACCAAUUUUUGACUAUGUGCAAUUUCCUUUUAUCUUGUAUUUUAUUUAUAUAUAUUUAAGGACCGAUGAACCAACAGACUCAAACAGCAUGUGUGAACACACCCAUAAUGAUAAGUUUUAGGUAUUUUUUUUUUUAUUUUAAAUCAAAUCAGGUCAGGUCAGUAAUGAUUCUCAU